AUGGAGGACGAGCUGGAGGGCUUCUACGUCAGCUCGUACAGCCAUUCAGGGCGAAAGGGGAAACAGUACCUUCUGACGACCCAUUUCGAGCCGACCCUCGCUCGGACCGCCUUUCCCUGCUUCGAUGAGCCGGCGAUGAAGGCCACUUUCCGCCUGCGACUGCUCCACCAGCCCAACUACACCGUCUUCUUCAACACUGAAAUAGUGGACACGCAAACGGUGCAGCUGGAAGGUGGCCACCUGAAGACGCUCUCCACCUCGGAGACCACCGUGCCGAUGUCCACCUACCUGGUCGCCUUCGUCGUCUGCGACUUUGCCGUCAGCUCGGUGAAGAACGACGACAGCAGCACCGGUGGCAUUGUGGUGCGCACUGUGGUGCCCGAGGAGCAGAACGCCCACACCGCCUACGCCCUGCAGUUCGGCAGCAAGGUGAUCACCUUCUUUCAGAAGUUCUUCAAGGUGGACUACCCCCUGCGGAAGCUGGACAUGGUGGCCGUGCCGGACUUCAGCGCUGGGGCCAUGGAGAACUGGGGCAUCAUCACCUUCCGCACGACCACCCUGCUGUACAAUGAGCGGGAGUCGAGUUCGGAGAUGCAGGAGCAGGUCGCCACGGUCAUUUGUGAGUGA